CGUUAAGCCACCUGACGGGAGCGAGCGGAUUGUCAUCCAUCUCAUCUCAUCUCGGGCUCCGCUCUCUGCGUCACCAUGGCGAUGAACAGGUCCCCCUCGCGCUCUGAUGCUUGGAAUGGGAUGGAACGUAUGCGUAUGACCACGGCGAUGGGUGAGUCAUCAUCCAUCCACUCUGAGAAGCUCCUUUCAUUGGCUCGUUCACUCUCUGAGCUGGGAUUGGAUAAUGGAACCCCCCCAGUCAGCUCAAAACAACCUGCUGUGGAGCCCUCAAUAGAGCUGGGGAAAGGGGCAUUCUUUGCAGACGGCCAAAGGAAAGUGGACUAUAUACUGUGCUAUCACUACAAGAAAAGGAGGAGCUCCCAGCAACGCCUUUCCUGUACGUCUGUAGCCUCCAAUGGGAGCAUUCCGGUGAACAAUGUGCUGCGGCGGGACACACAGCCUGAGCUGGAGACAGGGAUCCCGGAGGGGGAGGAGUCUCGUCUGAGUGAGGAAGAAAAAGCUGUGAUGAGGGAGGAGUUUGAGUUUGGGCUGAUGGAGCAAGGCCUGCAGCUGGAGCGAGACAAGGAGUCUAAAUCUCAGGGUAUAGGAUUUAUCAGGCUGCAUGUUCCCUGGACGACAUUGAGCAGAGAGGCAGAACUUCAGAAGAUCAAAGUGCCCAUCAAAAAGAGUUAUGAGUUACGACAGCCUCAGGGCAUCAUGGGUAAAGUAGCGUCGUUGUACCAAACUCUGAUCAAACCACUGCGGCCGGAUGUCCCAGAAACACUCAACACGCAAUCACACCAGAACCGAACAAAGACGCUCUCAUAUCCCUUCUCCAGAGACAAGCUACACCUUUUUGAAAUCAAGUCUCAGGACACACUGUUUGACUACUCCGUACGCAGCCGAAUAGUGAAAGAGAUAUUGAUGCGGACCGCCUGUACACAGACUUGCCAAGCCACUGGUAUCUCAUCUUUAUUAUCUACUGGCGUCUAUAACUCUGCUUUCCCUUUGCAUGAUGGUUCGUUCACCAGGAAAGGAGGGCGAGGUCAGAGGAACGACAGACAACUCCUAUAUGAGGAGUGGGCCAAUUAUGGAGUCAUGUUUAAAUACCAGCCAUUAGACCUAAUAAGGAAAUAUUUUGGGGAGGCAAUCGGUCUGUACUUUGCCUGGAUGGGAGUGUAUACCCGUAUGCUGGUCCCUCCAUCUGUACUUGGGCUGGCUGUGUUCAUCUACGGGAUCCUCACUGUUGACACCAAUGUGCCCAGCCAGGAGACAUGUAAUGACAGUCUUAACUUCACCAUGUGCCCACUGUGUGAUGCUGUCUGUGACUACUGGAAGCUGAGUUCUGUGUGUUCGUUAACUCGAGCAUCCUACCUGUUUGACAAUGGAGCAACUACACUUUUUGCGAUCUUCAUGUCUCUCUGGGCUGCUUUUUUUCUGGAGCACUGGAAGAGGAGACAGAUGUGUCUGAAACACGCCUGGGAUCUGAUCAGCUUAGAAGACGAGGAGGAUCGAGUGCAGGACAUUCCCAGGCCAGAGUAUGAUGCAAUCCUUCAGGAGAAGAGAAGCAGUAAGAAGAGAGGAGAAAAAAGGAAGACUGAGCUCGAUGGAGUGGGUGAUGGAGUGGGUGAUGGAGUGGGUGAUGGUGAAGGCGAGGAAGGGGAGAAGGACACAAUGCUUUCAGAGAGGGAACCCGAUUCAUUGACAUUGGAGGAUCAGUUGCCAGGAUACAUGAUCAAUGUCUCUGUUGUUCUAAUGAUGAUGGGGGUGACAUUCUCUGCAGUGUUUGGUGUGAUCCUCUAUCGUAUCACCAUGUUGUCGAUCUGGUCCAUGGACCCAGAUCCCAAGGCCAAGUCAUCAGUAAGGAUGACUGUAACAACCACAGCCAUCAUCAUCAACCUGCUGGUUGUACUGAUACUGGACGAGAUCUACGGAGCCAUCGCUGUCUGGCUCACUGAACUGGAAAUUCCUAAAACAGAGGUGGAGUUUGAAGAGCGUCUGAUUCUGAAGUCAUUUCUAUUGAAAUCCAUGAACACCUUUGCUCCUGUGUUCUAUGUGGCCUUUUUCAAGGGCAGGUUUGCUGGGCCUCCAGGGGACUAUGUGUACUUGUUUGGACACUUCCGCAUGGAGGAGUGUGCUCCUCCAGGAUGUCUGAUAGAGUUGUGUAUCCAGCUCAGUAUGAUCAUGCUGGGAAAACAACUCAUCCAGAACAACGUGUUUGAGAUUGUUAUACCUAAGCUGAAGAAAAUGUACAGAGCAUACAAAGAGCAGGAUAAAGGAAAAGAGGACGAUGAAGAUGAGGCAGAGACAAAGAGGCCUAAGCAACAGUGGCAAAAAGACUUCUCCCUGGAUCCUUUUGAGGGGCUGAGUCCAGAAUACAUGGAGAUGAUAAUCCAGUAUGGGUUUGUCACCAUUUUCGUGGCGUCGUUCCCUCUGGCUCCUCUCUUCGCUCUGCUCAAUAAUGUUAUUGAGAUCCGCCUUGAUGCCGCAAAGUUCACCACAGAGAUCCGCCGCCCAGAUGCAAUGCGUCGUAAAGACAUAGGAAUUUGGUUCAACCUUCUGAGUGGAAUUAGCAAGUUCUCGGUCAUAACAAAUGCAUUCGUCAUCUCAUUCACGUCUGACUUCAUCCCUCGGACGCUGUACCAGUACAUGUACAGUCCCACAGGCAGCAUGGAGGGGUUUACAGAACACUCCCUCUCCUACUUUAAUGUGUCCAACUUCCAGCCAGGCUCCUCCCCCUCUCCUACUCUAUUCACAGAAGUCAAAAUUUGCAGGUAUAAAGACUACAGGGACCCACCAUGGAGCAUUCAGCCCUACUCCUUCUCUAAGGAGUACUGGUCUGUCAUGGCAGCCCGACUGGCCUUUGUCAUCUUUUUCCAGAACCUGGCGAUGUUCCUGAGCAUGCUAGUGGCUUGGUUGAUCCCUGACAUUCCCCGUUCCCUAAGAGAACAGAUCAGGAAGGAGAACAUGUUGCUGAUGGAGUUCCUUCUUCAGGAUGAACAAGAGGCCCUAAGCUCCAAACCUCCUAAUCACUCCCCCAUACGACAACAUACACACUUACAACACUCACACAUAGACAUGGUGGUGGAGGGGUCAGAGGGAGAGGAGGGGGAAAGAUCAAGACAUUCCCUGGACAACCCAGUUACCACUCACCCAGAAGGGCAAGAAAACAAAAGGGGAGGAGAAAAUGGAGCAAUGGGAAAGAGAGAAGUAGAAGAACCUGAAGGACCAGGGGAAGGAGGAAAAAUAUUUGAUGAAUUACAUGAGGCACACCAGGAGGACAUCACUGUUCUGGACUCUGUAAUGGACCAGCUGUAUCUGUCAGAGCCACAUCCAUCCCAGAGCCAGACCCUAUCUGAAGUGGAGCUACCUGUAUCUGAAGCAAUCCCCCAGGAGCAGCAUCAAACCACUGCCCCAGCCAGGGUCAUGGAUAAUCCCCAGAGCCCCUUGGCCAUAACCUCCCCAGCAGCAGCAAGUAAGGUGUUCUCUGGAGGCUCUCCUCUCAGAGAUCCGGCAUCAUCCAGGAACCAGGGCCGCUGCUCCACCCUGCCUUACCAUAAGAGAGUUUCAGAGCCUGGGCAUAGCCGACCACGACCAAGCCACUCAACCAGCCUCAACAAGUUUCACUUGCUGGCAUCAAACAUCCCUCUAGUCCCUCUUCCCCCCUUGGCUCAUUUACCCUGCCCUACUACUACUUCUCCCGAGCCCCUGUCCCCCCCUUCCAAAUCCCUGACACCCCAUCCCAUGCUGCUGUCCCCCAGUGAACUGUUCAUGUUUAAGGAGCCAGGAAGUUCCAAGGGUAAGGGGCGCUGCUCCACUCUGCCUGCCCACCAGCGAACCUCCAAUGCUGGGGAGAGCUCCCUUAAACCCAGCCACUCCUCCAGCUUCACCCGGCAUGAUGAUCGCAACCCACCAUCCCCCAGUGAACUAAAACGAGACUCAAAGGUGUAAGGAGAGGGGACUAUUCAAGAGGGACAACUGAGUCUUAUCAUCAGUGUGCCUGGAGUCCCCUCCUUUGCCCCAACCUUGUCUGUCGCCCUCAUUCCAGGAACAUUCUGGAUGUAGUCCUCCUUAAACACAUCAGAUAAUGUCUCCAGUCUGAUUUCCUGGGUCUAAUAAUGUUCAAAAGAUUUUUACUCUGCUACUGAGGAAGAACCUCUUCCGGCUACACUGUACUGUUACUGACAGACCAAACCAGAACCAAUCAGACAAAACUGGACACGACCAAACAAGACCACAUCAGACACAUCAAUUCUGUAUUCUACUGUCCACAGUGCUAUAACCACUUUGGAAAUUCCUGGCAUGCACUUUGAACAUAAUUCUUUUUUUUUUCAUUAAGAAAAAACAAACAAAAAAUAUUUUAAUAUAACAGUAUUUGCAUUAACAGUGUUUAUUGUCAGAGUAAAUUCCAACAGAUUUUCUUGGGUAGCUUACUUAGGGUGAUGCAAAAGCCAUGCAAAUGACCAAGUAAUGACAGAAAACCCUGUAGCUUGCAACCUACUGGAGGUCACGUUAAGUCACACUGUGUAUCUGUUCAAUAUUAGUAACACGGUAUUCAGCAUAACCUAUGAAAGUUUUGCCUACUCCCUGCAAGUCCCAUACUGUUUUUGGUUGAUAUCAUCAAAGGAAUUCAAACCACGGGCCAUUUUGUGCCUACGGUGAUGGUUUUAGGUUCGGGGUUAGACGUCUAAGACACUGUGUUGAAGGUACACCAGCUAACCUACAUGGGUUUGAAUCUGGUCCACUGCUCUUUCAGCAACUCCUACAUUUUCUGUUUUUAGCUAUUGUGGAUAGUUACACAAGAUUGUAUAAAGCAAGCAAAUAAACACAAAGAAAACCAUUAAAGGCAUCAUGCAGACAAUAAUGUAUCUAAGAAUGGCAAUGUAAUUAUACAAUCAAACCCAAGAAUGUGAUCUAUUUGGACAAUAUAUGUAUGACAAAUAACUAAGGGCUGUAUUUAGAAACAGUGAUACAGAGGGCUUUAAUACAGAGUCCUUCCUGUUUCAGGGACAUUUUACAAACCAUGCAGUUAUUCACUCACCUAAAGGAUUAUUAGGAACACCAUACUAAUACUGUGUUUGACCCCCUUUCGCCUUCAGAACUGCCUUAAUUCUACGUGGCAUUGA